GAGAGUUUUACACUCUUCUGAGCUCAAUUUACUUUCGAGUCUCCCGAAGAAAUGCAACUGUUGGCACUAAAGCUGGAGGAUUGGCACUUUUGCUUGUUUUAUAUUCAGGGAAGUUGGGGACCAUCUUUUCCUGUCAUUUUCUGCGAUAUUUACUUCGCCAAUUAACUCUGUUUUCGUUAAAGAACUAGCAGAAGUCUAUGUCUAUAGGUUUUCUGCCGCUCAGAUUUAGACCUGCGAGAGAAAGAGAGAGAAUCGUCUUUCUUCUUUGAGUUAUCAUUAACAUAGAAGUGUUCUUCUCCAAGGUGAAAACAUGGGUGUUAAUUUGAACUGGUACUUGUUCUGGUUCUUGAUUUCAGUCUCUCUGCUCAGUUGGCCUCUUCCUUAAUGAUCCAGCUUAUCCCCCGUGUACUAGUAAUUUUGUGCAACACAUGAGGACCACAAGUUUAAGAUUGUUUUCAUUGCACUAUUUAUUGCUUUCAGAGCCAUUAAUGUGGAAUUGUGAGUCAUCUUUGCUUUGGCGCUUCAUUAGUUUUCCUGUUUUUUUUUUUUUUUGUUCUUUUUCUUUUUCUUUUUCUCUAAAGCUUGACAGGGCUAACUUGUUGCAGUCCAUAGCAAAUCUUUAAUAGCUUAUAGCUUCUUCCUGUUCUGUUUAAUAUGGUUUCACAAGACUCAUCUGCAAAUCCAGCUUCGAGUAUCAUACACCCAUUCACCAUCUCAAACUCCAUCACUGAUCAAAACCAUUUUGAAAACCAACAUUUUGCUGCUUAUGAGUCUGCAUUAAGAGGCAGAGACACAUUCCCUCAGUCUCUUGGUGUGUAUCCCAGCGUUCAAUCUCUUGGGGAAAGAAUGUCUAGAUCGAUAGACCUUGUUCGAGCUUCUGGAGUAGCUGAGGAACCCGAUAUCAGCCACACUAGACAUUUCAUGGAUCUGCUUGGAGCAGCAAACGAGAACAAUCACCAUGCCCAGCGGCUGUCACUUUCUCUGGGGUCUCACAUGCUUGUUCCUUCUGUGCAAUACAGGCAGAGGUCUUUAAAUUCGGAUCUUAUAAGCCCCAGUUACAUGAUGUCUGGAGAAGAAGCUCGAGAAGUCUGCAAUCCAGGAGUGGAACAUGUAAGCAACGUCUACUCUUUCACGGGCAGUGCAUUUGCUGCUGCUUCAAGCUCACUAAAUCGCUCUUGUCCAGUUUCAUAUGGAACAGAAUCUUUUGCUACCGUUAUUGCAAAUUCAGUAUAUUUGAAACCAGCUCAGUCCCUUCUGAAAGAAAUUGUUAAUGUCAGUGGAAAUGCAGUUGACAUAAGCAAUGAAAAAUAUGUUGAAAAGCUAUGUCGUGGAGGUAGAAUAGGAGCUCUGGAACUUUCCUCUGAACUCAAAGCAGAAUUGUACAGUAAUGGACUCUUAUCAGCCGAGAAACAUGAGCUUCAAGUUAAAAUUGCAAAGCUUAUUUCCUUGUUGGAUGAGGUUGAUGCAAGAUACGAGGAAUACUAUCAUCAAAUGGAAGAAGUGGUCUCAUCAUUUGAGAUGAUAGCAGGAGUGGGAGCUGCCAAGUCUUACACUGCACUAGCACUCCAGGCCAUGUCUAGGCAUUUCUGCAGCUUAAGAGAUGCAAUAGUUUCUCAAAUAAACGUCACAAAGAGAAAAUUCAUGCAGGCUUUACCGAGAAUCGGCACCGGAUUAUCGCAGCUUAGCUUGUUCGAUACCGAGACUCAACGUAAUCGAAUGUCCCUUCAACAGCUUAGGAUGAUCCAAAGCCAACGGCAAGCAUGGAGACCGAUCCGAGGGCUGCCGGAGACUUCUGUGGCAAUCCUGCGCUCUUGGCUUUUUGAACACUUUCUCCACCCAUAUCCAAAUGAUUCUGAAAAGCUAACGCUGGCAUCACAGACAGGCCUGUCCAAGAACCAAGUUUCAAAUUGGUUCAUAAAUGCUCGGGUUCGGCUGUGGAAGCCGAUGAUUGAAGAAAUGUACAAAGAAGAAUUUGGGGACUCUUCAGAAGACUCCAACCCAUUAGCUAGCAAUUCAGUCUCAAGGGAAGAUGUCACAGAUCAUGCAGAGGAUUGAAGUGGCAGGAAAAUCAAAAUUAGGGGUAGAAAUUAAUGCAAACUUUUGUAACAGGAGCCAAGACUGACUUCUAGUAAGCUCUCAUUUUUGCACAUAUAGAUUAAAGACUACCAUGGUGUGUUUGAACUAACCCGGCUCAGAUUACUUAGGCUUCAAGAACAAUGAGAGGUCUUAGUUUCUACAGCCUGUUAGAAUUGUGCAAGUUUGCUGCUAAAAAAACUGCUCAAGUGUUUCCUUAAUUUCAUGUUAAUCUUAAGUAGCACUGAAAUAGGUUGUACCUCUCAUUUCACGAACCCCAUUUGGUGGACUGAUGAAAUUUGUUUAGCAAACUGAUAAAUGCUGUAGAUUU